AUGUGUCAAGUCCGCACUCGGCAGUACGAAGGAUGCAAGCACACCUUCCAUCAAAACGAGAAACCAUGCAAUGCCUUCAUUGUUGAAAUACAACAGAAAGCGAAGCAAGACCCUUCGGCAAAGAGCAACCUCUGGUGCAGCAGGCACGCCUCGAAAAUUCCGCAGUGCGGCAAGGUCCAGCCCGUCAACCAGGGCACAAUCGGAAAACAAUCCAAGCCCCCGUUGGUCCCGAUCUCUCAUGUGAGGGAUCCGUCAGAACAUGACGGCAUCGGAAUGAUUGGUUGGAGGCCGCCUGCAGCAUGCGAUAUUCCUCGCCUCGUUGAGGGCCACUGCGCCGGUGAAGAAUUGAAUUUUCUCCGUGAGAAGCCCAUGCUCGUCAAAGGGAAAUGUGGGGCUUGCCAGCCGACGACAGGCUCAGGUCUUUGGGGGAGGCUUUCGGGAAGUUAG